CACCCUCCAUUUUACAGUAGGUUGGCUAGCUAUUUGGUUCAAUUCGAGGCGCAGCAUCUGUUAUUGAAAGUGCAUAUACAGAAAUAAUUUCAAGCGGAGGCGAAAUUUCUUAACAGGAAAAACGAUGUCUGACCCAUCGGGAGACAUGGAGGUCCUGGAGGGCGCAGAGGUCCGAAAACUGUCCGAAAUGAGGGUUAUCGAUCUGAAGGCCGAGCUGAAGAAACGAAACCUAGACACAACCGGCGUCAAGAGCGUGCUAUCAGAGCGUUUGAAAAAGGCAAUCGAGGAAGAGGGGGGGGACCCUGAUGAGAUUAUUGUCACUCCAGAGGUUGCACCAAAGAAAACGACAUCCAAAAGGCCUGCUAAAGAUGCAAAACAAGACACUGAUGAACCUGAGGAUGGCACAAUGGAGGAGGAUUCCCGUGAUGGCCAUGAGGAGCAUCUAGAUGAUCAUGAGAACAUGCAGGACAUGGACAUCCUUGAAAUGAAUGUUCUUGAUGAGACGGAGAAUGACAACGGUAUACCAGCAGAGGACGAGGAGUUUGAAGCAGAAAAUUUAGAUGAAGAUGCUUUGUUGAAUGAAGAGCGUGAACAUCAGGACUAUGAGUCAGAAGAUGAAGCCAGAGGUCCAGAGAUGGAAGACUCUGGGAUGUCAGAAAGGGAUGAAUUUAUGACGUGCUCAUCGGUUAAAGUGUCUCAGGAUCCAGGCGCUGAUGAUGAAGAAGAAACAGAAAAUGACAAAGUAGCCGGGUCUUGUUUAUCUGAGCCGCUUAACGAAGAUCCGCACCAGAGCCACGAGAGGAGCCCUGAAGAAGAGCAAGCUGCCACCUCCACCACAGGGGAAGAAAAUGUGUCCGACGCCAGCGCCAAGGCCGCCUCUGGAGACGCGGAGGGCGACAAGGAUGUUGUGGAGACUGACGCCAAAGAGGCUGGGGAUGCACAGACUGUCUCAGAAGAGACAUUAGACACUGAAAACAAAAGCUUGCAGGCUGUUAGUGUAAGCGAGCAGGGGGCUGUGGGUGAAACUGUAUGUUCAGAAUUGGGGUCUAAGGGGGAGGAGGAUAAGAAGAAAGAAGAUAAAGCUGCUCCGGAUUCAACUUCGACUGUGAAAGAGUCCUCUUCUGUAGAGGGCGAUGAUCAGAAAAAGAGCUCUGAGGAAAAAGAUGGGAAGUCUGAGUCUAAAGAUGAAAAAACUGCUGGAAGUGGGGCUGCAGCAAGCAGUAGCAGGAAUCUGUGGGUCAGUGGCCUCUCCUCCACGACCAGAGCAACUGAUCUGAAGACGCUUUUCAGCAAAUAUGGCAAGGUUGUUGGAGCUAAAGUGGUGACCAAUGCUAAGAGCCCCGGGGCUCGCUGCUAUGGUUUUGUCACCAUGUCUUCCACAGAAGAAGCCACUAAGUGCAUCAGCCACCUUCACAGAACCGAGCUGCACGGCAGGAUGAUCUCUGUGGAGCGGGCUAAAAAUGAGCCUGUGGGGAAGAAGCCAGCAGACAAGAGUGAAGCCAAGAAGUCUGGCAGUGACCGGAGACACUCUUCUGACUCCAAAUCUGAUGGAAAGGAUGAGAAGUCUGAGGGGGAAGGAAAAGAUGGAAAAGGGCGAAAUGAGAGGACUGUAGUUAUGGACAAGUCCAAAGGAGAGCCUGUCAUCAGCGUCAAAACAAAAAGCAAGGAACGGAGCACAAAGAGUCGAGACCGCAAGUCACCAAGUAAAGAGAAGAAAGACAUUCUGUCGUUUGACCAGAUUAAAGAGCAGAGAGAGCGGGAGAGACAGAGGCAACGAGAGCGGGAGAUCAGAGAGGUGGAGAGGCGCAGAGUGACUGACCGCGACCGGGACAAUCGGCCAGACCGUGAGCGUGAGCGAAUCCGUCUGUUUAGGGAGAGAGAGGAGAGAAACCACUUGCUGAGGAAGAGACGAUGGCUGGAGGCUGAAAAGCAGCGUCUUGAUGCAGACCGGAUGGAGCGUCAGUUCUUGGAGCGGGAGAGACUUCGUAUUGAGUACGAGAGGCGGCGUGAGCAGGAGAGGAUCCUGAGGGAGCGUGAGGAGCUGCGACGGCAGCAAGAGCAGCUGCGUUUUGAACAGGACCGACGGCCCGUUAAGAGGCCAUAUGACGUGGACGGCAGGAAAGAUGACUGGCCCGAUAAGCGCAUGGCCAUAGAUGACCGCUACGGCCGCUCAGACUUCAAUCGACAGGAUCGUUAUCAGGACUUUGAUCACAGGGAUCGGGGCCGUUACCAAGACAACAUGAUGAUGGACAGGCGGGACAAUGCUCGUGGUAUUGGUGCAGAAAGAGAUGGCCAGCACUUUGACCGUUCAGACAGACAUGGCAGGGAUGGUCGAGACUCCUGGAGUGGAGGGUACGACAAACGCAUGAAUCCCAGGGAAGGAGGAAGGGACUGGGAUUCAAACCGGAAAGUGGAUGGAGACAGAUCAUGGCAGAGUAGAGACGGAGCCAUCCCAGGCCAGAGCCACAUGGCACGUGGAGGAAUGGCAGGUCGUGGAGGCUACAUGAAUACAGGAACAUCUCAGUCGCUCUCUGGAGCUCUGAACAGACAGAACCAGCUGAUGCAGGGCAGCGGGCUGCAGGGCGGAGCUUUUGGUCGACGCUACUGAUGUGUGUCUGUGGGGCCCUGUCAGGAUUUCAUGUUAAGAAGGAAGUGACCAUGUUGGUCUUGUACAUGUUUUAAUUGUUUUUUCUUUUUUUUGACACAUUUGGACUCAUUUGUUGUUGGGAGCUUUAGUUUUCUUGGGUUGCUCCUGUGUGUAUGUGUGACAGUGAUCUUCCUCUCUUGUUUUUUUGUCAAAUCUACAAAGCUUGUAAGCAAAACCACCAGCACACAGAAUUAUAUGUGCUUCACGAGGAAGUAGAGAGUCAUUCAAAGCCCAGUGCUGUAAAUUCAUAUUUUUUAGAUGCCUGGAUGAUAGACCUUACCUAAGUAGUCUUCUCUCUAUUUCCCAGUUAAUGUCUGUCACAUUUUGAAGGUUUUCACACUCUGAUGUAACACGUCGGUGGAAAUGAGUUUAAGAGCAUAAAGUUGUUUUUUUCUUAUUCUUUUUAUGACGGAUGGUUGACAGUAUUGUUGAAAGAGGUUUUUAAACUAAAUGUCACAUUCUGAUUGACCUUUUUCCUUUUUAUGUUUCAAGCAGUGCUUUUUGUAAAUAGUACUUGAUUUGUCUGAUGAUUGAAUGCUGGUAAUAAAUUCCCUUGAAGCCUG